AUGUUGUCGGAGGUGGAGUUGCCGUCGAUACUCGACGACAUGGCGGAUCACAGUGACCGGGUUUUUUUUUUAGAAUUUUUUCUCAGAGGGAGUUUCAAAAUCUUUAGAUUACGUUUUCGGCUUCAGCUCUCUUUCAAAAUUAGACAAGAGCAUGUACGAAACUAGGUCUCGAAUAUUUCCACAAACUUCUCUGAAUUUUGGUUCAAUUCUAAACUUUAUAGUCGCACAGACAUCACGGUAAUAUGUAAGUGCCGCAAAAUGGUUUUUGGUGGGGGCCCGUUGGUAGUAUCAGGGAAUAAACUGCUUCACCAUGUUGGAACAGUACAGCGCCCAGCUUGUCCAGGGUCGACGGGCACCGGAAUAUUAUCUCAUGAGAAAGCGAUAAUGAGACCGGCUACUCGAAGUGAUUAAACGAGAUAAUAAAGUAACCUUGAUUGAAACAAAAAAAAAGUUGCAACAAUCAAUCUAAAAAUUUAUGAAAUUGUACUUUUCUCCUAACUCGUAUGUGGCUUGGAAACUAAGAAAAAGAAAAGCUCGUAUUUUGGGUAGACAUAUUUCAACGGCUCGCAUUGCCGAUUCGAAAAAGAACGGUUGCGAAGGGUCAUGCAGAGGCGCGUGAGCCGUCGGAGCGUUGUUGGCGCGGCUCCCAAGUGGACAGCCAUGCAGAUCCUCAUCCUAGUUGAGCUUCUUCUCCUUGGCGAUUGCGCCAAGUUGGUGUAUACACGUUGUGUGCUCACCGCGCGCGUAUAUGCUUAAUGUUGAAGAAGCCUAGAAGAGUUCUCUUCUUGACCUAUUGCCGUUCCCCCAAAACACCCUCUCGGAUCAACACCACAUUCUUUGCCUUUUUCGCGCCCUAUGCCAUUCUUGUUUUUUUAAAAAUCAGAUCAAUUAAGAGUUAUUCCAGAAUAUUUUGAAAUUAACCCUGGUGAAAAGUUCUAAAAUUUUUCUCAAUCAUUUAUAAAUAUGGGCUUUUUUUAGAAACAGUUGACGGUAAAGGAGAUCUCGAAGAACAGCUAUCACAUAUCGAAAAAUAGAUUAUCAUAUGUUCGAAAAAAUUAAUUCAACCCUGAAUAUUUUCGUUGUUAUUAGUAUGAAAAUAGGAAAUUUUAAACAUUUUUCUACUAAAUGUGAGCUCAUUUUGUUUAUGAAAUUGUCUUGAUUUUUUUUUUCGAUUUUUGGAUUUUUGUUUAUUGUGUGCAUGAUUUUUGAGAGUAGUCUGAAAAUGAUGCUAUCCUUUCUUUUUUUUUUGUUCAAAAGUUUUCUUGAAAUGAAUUUAACGAUUGAAAAAGUUCGCUGCAGGAGAGAGACGACGUGAGAGGUGUAGAUAUCUUUCUGGAAGAUUGCUCGUCGCUCUACAACCUUAUACUCGACUCACUGCACAAUUUAACAUCCAAGGUCUGUUCUCGUUUUUUUUGUUUAAAAUUUCGAACGGAUAGAUUUUUUUGUCCUUAAUUCAAAAUUUUCUUCAUUUCAAGGGCUUGCUCCUGCCGAUUGAUUUGUUCAACCAUUUUUCUUCAAAUUCAACUUUUUUUCGGAACCAAACGGUUGGAAAAGGAACAAGUUUCAUUUUCAAAUAGCCGGAAGUUCUGUCUUGGAAUAACUAAUCUCAAGGUUAAAUCUUUUUCAUGGUAAUCACGGAAUGAAGCAAAAUAGACGAGGCUAGAUGCGGCUGCCGAUUAGAGACGGUUGCCCAAGUGUUUUGGUCCGUGCCCGCAGAUGAAACGCUAUACUAUUAGGUUUCUCACGCGGAUAGUUAUUGUUAUAUACUGGCUUGGCCGUGAAGAUUUAGCGUUGCCAGCUGUUGUCCAAGUUUACGGGGUCCGUCGUGCAGAACAAGUUCUCCUGGAGCAGUAAUGACUAUUUGAGGGACUUGAGCGCAAAGAAAACUUCUCCUAGUUCUUGACCGCGAAACUGAAACAAAAAAAAGUUGAGACAUGUGGUUAUCGUUUGGCGAGCGCAUGUGGCUGCCGUCUUGGCAUCUUGACAGAAUAUUGUUUGCUUCCCAUAGGUUGGGUAGGUCCAGGAUUAGUCUCGUAAUCGAAUCUGCUCAUUACGAGCCUUGUAGGCAGCGGGAGGAUCGCUCCUGUUUAAGCAAACAUCAGCGUUACUGCUUCCAAUUUACAUUUUGCAGUCUUCGUUCUUCCUUUUUUGCUUCCUUCUGCGUUUCUUGUGAUUUUCGGUGUAAAACAUACUAAAACCUUCAAAAGGAUUGUGUUCUCGUACUGUGAGAGUAGGUCUUGAUUUUCAAACGAUACAUAAAAUACCAAUUAAUGGGCUCUUGGAAGCCUUUCAUUCAACGUAUUUAUCUAAUAUGAGGCCAAUUUAAAUUUAUAAAAGGUAACAUCGUUAAAAGAAGCUCGAGUAUUUUCUCGGACGGAAAGUCAGGCUCGUACUCCACUCAGUGGUCUGAGGUUCGUGGCUGACUCCAUCCGACACAAAUUAAUUGCCAUUGUAAAGAAAAGUGUGUUGACUCGACAUUGUCUCUUUCGUGUCAACUUAAUGUUCUCAAGCAACAAUUUUUGCUCGCCUCGAAACAUACAGUUCAACGUUUCCUAAAAUUUUUUGAGAUGAAAAUUUUUUGAAAAGAAACUUCAACGCUGUACUUUCUCAACGUUACUUUCUGUUUUUUUUUGUGUAGGGUCUACAUUGUACGUUUGUUGUUCCAUUUCUCGUUCCAACUGAAGUUGGAAAUAACCGUUUGGAGAAUGCCUUUGCGAUCGAGCACAUAUGUGCACUUUUUGUGUGGCGCAAGUUGACCUCUUCCUCGUCUGCUCCACCGCGUCCUUUUUCUAAGGAAUCGACGCGAUUUUUUUUUGAGUUUUUGUUGCUACAUAUGUUCUCCAACGGAAGUCGCACAUCCAAGGAGCCAUAGUAAUGUCAAUUCUCGUUUUUUUUUCCCAUUUUUGUUGAAUUGAAAUUUAAUUUUUCAAACCGCUAUGUAGAAUUGCGUAAGCAAUGUACAAAAAUUUUCGAGGAGUUUUACUUGUUCUGAUUGUCGUCCCGUUUGUUUACCGUCGAUUUGCAUCCGAAGACGUCGUCGUUCUUCUCAACAUCUCUGAUGGCUUUUUUCACUUCACAAACGCUCAACUUUUCUCCGCCCUUAUUCUUUUGCGACAACCUUUCCGUUCGCCUUCUUUCGGCUUUUCUGCGUUAUCUUCUUUUUUCACGAGUUGCAAACUAAAAUCUUUGCAAUCAUUUUUUUUUCAGAAUAAUCUUUUUUUUUUCUUGAUAAACUUUUUUUUUGAAAUGAAUAACGAUAUCAGCUGAACAGAUUAAGAAGUGAAUUUUCUUAGUUUUCAAGCAAUUUUUUAUUAUUUCCGAAAACUUUGGUGAAUUUUUGAAAAUAAAUAAUUUGCACGAAUGUCUGUUGGAAGAUAGAACUUAUUGUGCAACAGAAAAAACUUGUAUUUGUUCAUCAAUUGAUAGAUACUUUUCUAGGUUUUUUCGAGCACCGUGAAUCGUUCAUAGGAGACAGACUCAUCAGUAACCCUGCUAUUCCUAAAAUGGACUUACGUUAAACCUUCGCUUGAAGCUCAUUAGACAGGACCUUUCUUCUGCCGCUCUUAUUGUUUGUUGUCUGAAGAUUAAUUAAAAGCUGAGUGGGGGACGAACGUCGCCGAGUCCUGCGACGGCUGCUCCGCUCAUAUAUUCCCGAAAUCCUCGACCAUUAAUCGGCAUUUGCAUUUCGGUGCGCUCUUCACGUCCUUCUGCCACUUUCAGAGUUUUCUUAUUCCUCUCGCGACAAUUCAUGGCGAAAUAAUGCAGGCCCACGCUUUUUCAGCUUCCUCUUUUUGUAGGUUUUGCUGCUGGGUUUAUCUUUUGUCUAGGAAACUGAUUUACUUUGCUUUUUUCGUGAAAUACGGCUUGAGAAAAAGAUUUAGAAGUGAUGCAACUUGCUUAUUUCCCAACUCCUAUCGGAAAGAUCAGAAAAAAAGUAUUCAAUAAAGCUAAAAGACUUUUGCUUCAGUUUCCCCAUAUUUCUCAAAAUUUUCUUCGUUCAAUUGCUCUCCGCAGAUUUCCGCUUGUCUUUUAAUUUUUGAACGCCUUCUCUCCAAAAAUAGAACGGAAUUGAGUAGAUUCUCAUGAAGAGGAUCCAGAAAGAAAAUGUUCUCCUGUAAGGAUUUCUUUUUGCUAAUCGAGUGAAAUUUUUUGAUCAUUCGAAUGUUCGGCAUGAAAUUUAUUCUUGCGUUCUUCUUAUUUUAAUGAAAGUUAAAUCCAUGAAAAAAUUUUAUUUUUUUCAGACGGUAUCAUGUGAAUAUCUAGAGGAAAUGGCGAAUAGUCUGGAAAAAACGGCCAAACUGAUUGUGGGCCAUCAUCCGGACGUCGAGAACACGGUAUGUUCUUCAUUCCUAUUGUUAAUGUUAUAUUAACUUAUGAAGGUCUUUAAAUAGUCAUUUAUACUAAAAACGGAAAGUUCACUGCGGUCAUUCGAUGGAAAAUUUUUAGAUAUAGCAUUUGAUUAAUUUCAAAAGAAAAUGUUUCCGAUUCACCUUUCGUGACCUCUUUUCAUAUGCGUUUUUCGGAGAAGAGAGAAAAAGCGAAAAGUUCCGAUUCGUGGCGCCGUUUAAUUGAUCCUUGAUCAUAACUGUUAUCUGUUUGAAUAAAAACUCUUCCGCUCUCUCAGCGCGCCACUGUUGCCUUCGACCGAGUGAUCUCUCCAUUGGCGGGGAUAUCGCGAUUCCAGAAUUUUCCUUUUUCUGGUUUUUUUUUUGUUGAGACGUGGCUUAGCAACCUAUGGCUAUAUUAAGCCUUUCAAUCAGCUCUUGUAAAAAAAAAGAGAAUUUUCUUGCGAGGCACAUAUGUGAAAAGUUGACAAACAAAAAUAAAAUUAGGAAACAACUCCACUUGAACAAAUACAAAAUAAAACGUUUUUCAACAUGAACUUGAGCUUUAAUCUCAUUUUUGACUUUUACUUUCUAAUCUUCUCUUAACAAAAUGAGAAAUGAUAAUUAAAGAUAAAGUUUUCCGUAAUUUUUUAUGUGAAAUAACACUUUUUGAAUUUUAAAUUUCCCUCAUUCACUUGUAGGGGAAAUUGAAGUUUUACACUUUCAACUUGUUAUGUUUAUUUUUAACUUUCUUAUUUUAUUUUUUUUAAGCUGAAAUAUCUUACGAAGUAGUGAAAUAAAGCGACAAGGUCGUUUGACAAUAGUGAAUAGAGUAAAUUAUUAUUAUAAUAUAAUACCGUCUUUCGCCACAGUAGAAUGUCAAGGAAUUCGUUCUUCUAGACGCUUUUGUGUGUUCUUGUAACAAAAAAACUUUAAAUUGUCGCUGAAUUCGGAAAAAAUAAUAAAAUAGCUCAUGGCUCUAUAUGAAGAUGUAUUUUCAGAUCUUACUACGCCUAAACACGAUAUGCUCGGCGAUGGAACAACUUCGACUGCGCAACUCGAAAAAAAGUUGUUCGUCAGACUCGGAAGGAUCGAGUAAGCGUUGAGAGUGACAGCCCUCCAUAUAAAAUGAGUUAAGCGUCCAACUCGCGGAUCAACAUGACCGGCGAGGUCCGCGCCUGGCUGCAUGUCAUGGAGAAGAAACUCGACGAGCACGAGAUCCGUUUCCGGAAGGGCGCCAACCUCACCAAGCUGCUUGCCGACCAGCAGGUUCCCCAUUUGCGAGUCAAACUGAGACGGCGCGCAGCGAACAUUUUUUUCGAUUCCAAAUUUGUGACUUGCGACAUCUAAUUCCAAUUAGAUUAUCAUCAUCUAUCAACUUCUCAUUAUAUAUAGAUGGUUUUCCAUGCGCUAAUCGAAGCCUUAAAAGGAUGAUUAAUCAGCAAACAAUUUAAACUAGAUUAGUUGACUAAGAAAGUUUGUUUUCAACCAAGCUUAAUUUUAGAUUUUUUUUUAAACUUUAGUUUUGAACUGAUUUCUGUCGUUAUAAUUCAUUUAGAUUCAAAAUAAAACUUUAAAAAAACGCGGGAAUGGAAACCGCACUCUUGCGAUAGCAACAUUGAAUUACUAUCCCUGUCAGAUGGCAAUAACAGUUGAAAAGACAGAAAUUUUUCUCCAUGUAUUAAAAAUCGAGCCUCCCUGAUCUAUCAAUGAAGAAUUACGUUCUCUGAGGAUCACAGUUUAUGAUACCUUCCGCAGUUCGAAUAUAGAAUCAUCUCAUCGUUUUCCCUGGAAGUUUCUAGUAAUUCUCACGGCAUUCUCUGAUGGACGGGGAUCGAACCAGCAUAUCGGCUAUCUGCGUAAAAUUUUCACCAAGUAAUCUAGAACUAAUAGUUGUGAGGGAUACGGUUUGAAAAAACUUAGAAUUUAUAAAAAGAUGACUGUUUAGGUGGGGAAUGGAACAUCUUCUCGACCCUACAAAAUGUAGAUAAAGCUUUGAAACGCGGCGUUAAAUUAGGGGGACUUACGGCAACAGGUGGCGAAGGCGAAGACUCGGCGAGGUUGCAUGACGCCGUUCGAUCUGCUCUUCUCACCUCAUCUUCUAUUCCUGAUCCAUAGCUUUUCGUCUUCCAGCAUCCCCACCUUGGUCUUUUUCGCGGUUUCAGGAGAUGAUCUUUCUCGGUAUUUGUCUGUUUGUUUUCAACUUUCAGCUUUUCUUUUUUGAAACUGAGAAAAAAACUGAAGGUUGAGCUUCACGGUCUUAAUUUUAUACGUUUAAUUUAGGUGUUUAAGCUAAUUUCUAGAAAAAAAAUAACUUUUUCCUGAGCUUCGUUGAAAAGGGUAAUCUCACUUUCUUUUGCUUUCUGUCUAAAUCCAGAUCAGCCAAUAGUGGAUAUAAUGCUCUUGGAAUUUUUAUUUUUGUUAAUUACAUGUUUGGACAAUGCCAACUUCUUGGUAGAGAUGUUGGAGUGAGAUCUGCCGAACAAAGCGAAUAAUUUAAAAGCAGCAUUCAAAGUCUUUACUUGAGUUCAAUUUUCUGAGGGAAGAUUCCCAUUAAUGAGCUAUAUCUCAAGCUUUUCUGAGUUGAACUCAAUACUGCCGCUUUCCCACACUUUGGAUGGACGCGCCUCCCCUGUAAUUUUGCGCGUUCCUCCAUUUUUAUGAGGCUUUUGCUUGGCGUGUCAGUAGCCUUCCGCGUCUCUAAAUCCUUGUUUUAUCCUUCAUUUAGCACGGCGCCAGUGGCGGAACCGCACCUGUCCACCAUUUUCGGCUUUCGAAAGACUCCGGUCGAUUUGGCCUCUCUUCGCUUUUAUUUACCCUUUCUUGCGUCGAUUUUCUCACUACUUCUUUUCGAAUUCUCAAAGUUAUAUAUGCUUCAUAACUACAGAAGAGAAGAGCUCGACAAUAGGUAGAUAAUCAACUUUCGAAUUUCUUAGGGUUAUGCUUAGGCUGACCCCCCCGUUCAGCACCUUUCUAAGAGUAUCGAGAGAACUUCUUGUCAUCCUCUCACGCUCAUCUUGAACCUCGAUUCGCCGAACCCGCUGUUUAUACACUUAUCAAUCAAAUAAUCAACGAUGCGUCGAGGUGUACGUGUUUUGUCUGCAGUCUCCGACUGCGCAAACGUUUUUGCGGCAGAUAGAGCAGCGUACAGUGUUUGUGUUGGAUUAAGAUGUUGGGUGGAGAUAUCUCGGGUGCCACCAACGACCGCUGCUGUCUUUUCCGCUCCUUUUCUUGCCUUGAUGGCGUUCCGCUCGCAUCCGUUGCGUUCUAAGUUGAGAUAUCUUAUUAGGUUGUUGAGCGGUAACUUCCUUUUCAGUCACGAAUUGAAAUGAGUAGACACGUUGGCUCUUCGGCCGAGUAAAAGUUUAACUAAAUAUUGUCACGAUCUUUUUUCGUUGUUCUAAAUAAGUCAAGUAAAGUUUCUUUGGCGAACUUUUUCUGAUCAGCGUUUAUAGUGUUCUUUGAACAUUAUAGUAUAUUUAACUUAUUCGACUUUUUCUCGCUCAGGAAAAAAAAGUUGAGAGUGUGUGUUCGAUUCGGUGUUAGCUGCGUCUAACCGGUUGCCUCACUUUUUUCUACUUCUGUGCGACAAAGACAGAAUAAAGAAGGAAGAGCGCAGUGUCGCGGUUUUGUGCAUCCGCUUCUCUAUUCUCAGCGAUUUCGCUCCGCAGGUGCUGUUUUAUUGUUUUUGCGCGAAACAAUAAGAAUAUUGCAAGCAUGUUUGACAAUCUUCAUCUAUUUUUUCCCGGUUUGAGCAAUCGGAUUGCUUUUGUUUUCAGGCGACUGCCUUCUUCUCUUCUUUCUUUCCACUUGGAUUUGAGCUUUCGUGGUUUUGAAUUUUUUUUCUCGUACAAAGUAGUAGACAAUAGAUUAUUGCUGCUACAACAACCGUUGUACAGUUUUUGCACUAAUCGGCCUUAUUUGUUGAUGGCAUAAUCUGGAAGGCGGAUCCCACAGGUGAUCCAUCUUUUUAUGGUUGCGACGGAUGUCCGCACGCGCUCUCGAUUUCUGAAGGUCAGGACUCUUUGUGCCUCCGAAGAGAGGCUGUCGCGUUCGGUUUCGAUUUGGCCAGUCUUGGCCGCGACGGAAAGUUCUCCGGUCUCCUCUUGAGCCAAUUAGUGCGAUGAUGUAUAUGUCACAUAAUCGGAAAUUUCAAAAAAGUCUCACUCAAAAGAUUAUAAAUUGCAUUUUCUUCGGACUUUUCAAAUUUUUUUCUAGGGGGGUAGGGAGUGAGAACUUUUGGAAUUAUUUCUUUUAAAUUUUAUCACGUCAAGCUUCAUAGUUUUCUCUCAUGAGAAAAUGUUUUCUCGAAUUGUUUGCGCCUUGAAAAUGUACAUGUCAUCGAUUUCCUGCUGUGAAUGGUUGUAGUUGGAAUCUACAUUCCCUCCGAUUUUAGUUAGUCAUGUUGUCAAAUAUUUUCUUUUUCACACUAGUCUGUUUGGACAUCAGUCGAAGUUUUUCUGUUUGUGCGCAAUCUAGAGAAGUAUUAACAUCCUUGCGACGAUUCAAAUUAAGUCUCAAGGCCGCCGAUGUUUUUUUUUGCCUUUUGGCGAAUUUCUUUCUCACCUUUACUUUUUUCAGGUUGUCCAGUUAGAAAUCCAAAGUGACGGACAACUGCUCAUCAACCGUCUUUUCCAGAACUUCAGGUCCUUGUUAUCUCGUCUAAGAGUUCACCUUGGGUAUUUUUCAGCGAUUUCAAGUCUGAAGAGGAAGCAGGAACCAAAAGAUCAUCCAGCGUGAAGGCGAUCCGCAAACGAUGGCACACCAUCUACCUGAAUAGUCUUUCUCUUCAGUUCCGAAUUGAAGACAAACUCAACAAAACCCAGGUAGGAGAGUCCCGAAUCUAUGAUCUUUUGUUGGAAUGAUGAUAGUAAAAGACGGAGAAUUGGUAACAAACUAGAAUUUCGGCUACAAAUUAUCUUUAAGACGCUGGAAGUUUAAAGUUGUGCGGGGUUAGGAUGCGGAAACGUGUACUGGCAUAAACUUGAAUGUUACGACAUCAAUAAUAAGAAGCUUCGCUUAAAUUUUCUUUUUUUAAUAUUUUUUCUAAAUUGAUUCCAGGAAAAAUAAAAAGAAUUGAAAAAUAGGACUUAAGUUAGGCUGACAGCUUUCUUCGUUUAUGAAUUUUUUUUUCUUUUUUUUUACACAAAAACAGUCCUUUUGAUCGAAUAUAUAUAUAUAAACAAUGUAUAAACAACUCGUGUUGGAAUUAUUACUUUUUCAAAAAAAUUUUUCGCCGUUUGGAAAUAAGCCAAAAAAAUGAGUAGCGGAGUAUAAUUUUCCUCGACACUCAUAUAUAAGUAAUGCUUAUCAGCUCUUUUUUUAUUUUUUGACUUUUUGUGUAAUAACAAGAGGUUAUGUAGAUAAUGAGUGAAACGAGUAGGUUUUUUUUCGUGUGGAAUGGUGGACAGCGGCUCGUAACUGGAUGCGAAACUAUUGAGAGUUGUUUCCACAUAGUGGCGCACGUUUUUUGUCCUCCUUGAGAUGGGCUACUGGAGUGUGUUGGCCAGCGGCGAUCCGGUCGACAUUCGGCUGGCUGUUGUCAUGUUGUAGAGUGCGACCGAUCUGAUUUCAAUUGGGAGUUGCCUCUGCCGGGUGUCAUGUCCUCGGACGUCCGGCGACACCGGCGUAUUAUGAAGUCCUGGGCAGCUGCCGCAUCUUCCCGUCCGCAUUUCAAUACUUUUUGCGACCGCCUCUUUCUCGUAAUAUUCCUAUUAUUAUGCGACUCUGCAACACGCCACACUCAACUUUUUUUUUUCUAUCCCCAGUCUUUUCUGUGCCGUUUACUAGCUGAAAGUGAGAACCGUGCGAACUCUGUUCUUUUUUCGCGUCUUCUAGAACGUUUCUUUUUCUUGACCAGCUCCUUGCUGGGCUGUUUUUGAAUUGCACAUUCAGGAUUUUUGAUUUCGGAAAAAAUCGUAUGUACUUGGAUCUCAUUUUUCUCUUUUUACAGUGCUUUUUUUUCCCAUACACUCUUGUAAUUAUUCGAACGAAUUCGAAGAUUUUCAAUUCAUAAAAAUAUUAAAAAAAUUAAACAUUUUUUCAUGUUUUUUUUUUCCAAUAAAGAAAUCUGAUGAAAUUUCUUAUUUUUUUGUAAAGAAAUUUGUGAGAUGCAUCAUUCAAAAAUUUGAGGAGAAACUGCUUUAUUGAAAGCGGUGAUGAAGCGCAAGAGAAAGCGCGCUUCAGCGUAAUUUCUCUUUUGGACCAACUAGACAUUUUCGGCUCCCGACGCAUGAUUUAAUUUGUUUCUGUUAUUUUAAAGUAUUGUUUUUUUCCCCGGCUUACCAUCGUUAGUUUCCGAGCCUAAUGAUGUUUUUUUUUUGUAAGAAAAGAUUCUUAGUGGAAGAGAGAAUAGUGAAGUCUAUUUUUUGUCGUUCAUUUAUUCAAACCCUGCUCUGAAACAGAAAACGUUAGCCCAAAGUUGAACUUCAGAAUAAAAGUUGAAUCACAUUUUUUCGUUCUUUUCGAAAACUCUUUUUUUUAAAGCUUUCAUAAUAUUCGUUAUGAUUCAAAUUUUAGAGUUUUUCUCGAAAAAGACUUUAUAAUUUUCUUUCUUUCCAAAUUUUUUCCUUCGGAGAUUUUUGUGAAUAUGUUCCGGACUUUUUAGUUCCUAAAUCAAUGGACUGCCUAUCUUCUUUCCGACUGCCUUUGUUUAGUUUUCCGCAAUUCAAGGGAAAGAAACGAGAUGAACUAGAAAAAAAAAACAAAUUCUACAUGUGUACUGUUAGAUUUUCACUAUUACCGAAGAAAAAAAAUUCACGGCCAGAGGUUCAACAAGCAAAGUCUGCACAUAUUAUGCCGAGGAUUUGGUUGUAGUUGAGUCGUUUUGGAUUUGCGGUCUACCGGUUAGCCAACGACGGGAUAAUUGAAAGGCGCCGAAAAGGUUUUGAUUGAGAAUCAUGGUGCGAUGCGCUUGUUUUGUUUACGCGGUCGCAGGUAAUGGCGGUUGGCGGCAACUCGUUUUGAGUCUUUCCAUAUUAUUUAUUCGCUAAUAGAUCGACCUACGCCGGAGCCAGGUGAAGCCAUAACCUUUUGGUGCCUUCUGAGAUAAUAACUCUUACAUUAAACGACACAACUGGUACUUCAAGACCAAGCGUUUUUCAAAAUAAUUUUUGCAUGAGAAGUUUUUUGUCGAAUAAGUUAUUAAACUGAAAUAAACUAUGCUGUACUUAAUUUAAAAUGGCGUUGUCAGUAUUCUCACUAAAAUAUACUCUUUGGACUGAUAAAAUCAACUAUAUAAACCCGUGAUCCUCUUAGAUUUCACUAAGCUCUAGAGACGAUAGCAGGAGAAUUGCGGUCUCAAACGUUACUUUUUUUUCCAUCUGUAGGCGCUGAGUUUUUUUUAAGUUUUAAUUAUUAGCGAACCUUUUUUCUGACCAAAAGAUGAUAAAACAGAAUGAAGGAUAUCUUAAAUUUCAUUCUUUUUCCGAAAUAAGUUGUUUUUCAACUGAUUUGGACGCGAGGCUAUUCAAACUCCGCGUUCAACACAGCCAAAUGAGGGCGUUCACUCACGCGCGGUUCCAAUUGUAGAAGCGUGUCGAAGGCCAUGUGGAACGUACGUUCGAAACGAAACGGCCGCGAAAUCCAUAGUAAGGCAAACACGGCCGUGGUGAAUGGAGGCGUGUGUAUGUUUGCAUACCUGCAUUUACGGCGUUUUGCUACCAAUUAUGAGCCCAUCUCCUGUCAAUUUUGCUAUGGUUGAUUGCUCAAUUUUAUUAAAUUUCAAAUUUCACAUAUUGAUUGCUUUUCCAAUCCUUUUAAUUCUAGCUUUCAAUGUCGCCAUUAAGGAAAGGGAUCAUUUAAAGAGAACAGAAAGCAUUUGUUGUCACAAUAUUUUCGAAAAAUAUCGGAAAUUCAUAACUUUGAAGGCGUGAAGUUCAAUCACAAAUGUUCAAUUUAUGCGGCUUUGAAUACGAAAAAAUGCGGCCUUUGAGAUUCGUGAAUUUGCGCAGGUGCUCCUUUCCGCUGCCCAUCUGUGCCGUGACUUGUUUAACUCAAGUCAUCGUCCAAAUUGAUGACAGUCGUCUCUCGAUUUCUUUCUAGGAACUCCGUUUUUUGUUUUGAAUAUAUUGUUGUUCAGUUCAGACUGUAAUUUCUCAGUCUCAUAAACAUAGUAAUGAUCUUCUUGCAGGAAGCCUACGAGUCGGAAAGCGAUCCUGAACUAGGCUCGCCUCCUCCGAAGCGAGUGCGUCGGAGCAGCUUGCAGCCGACUUUGGACGGUUUUCGCUCAGAUCGCGAACUCGAAGAGGAAGUCGACGUCCUUCCUUUUGCCGAGAGCGAAUACGAAAGCAUAAUGGAUGGCAGGUUGGUUCAAGGGUUUUUUUUUGUACAGUCAAAGUUUAAAAGAAAUCAAAAAUCUAUAAGACCUCUGAUUGAAGUUUCUGAAACGACUUUCUACUGGAAAAAUUGUGUAGGACAAGUUUUGUUGCGCUGAAUUCAAAAAACUACUAGAGUUUUGUUUUGUUUGAUUUUUGCUCCAAAGCGAAAGAAAUUUGUCCAGCAGUACAGAGAUGACAAAGCGCGCUUCGUCGGCAACACUUUACGGCCAUUGUCUCGUUUGCAAACUAUGCAAAGGCUAUGAUGCGUUAUGCUCUUUCGCUCACACGUGUUCCGACCGGCCACUCGAAUUGUCUCCUCUUGGUCCUUUCAGUUUGGGAAUCUUACAAAGCUAACAUUCCGACUUCCAGAUCAACAAAAACUGUUGAAAAUUAUUGGGUGUGAAGUUAGAAAAAAUAGAAUGUAAAAAGGAUCAGAAAAACAAAUUAUUCUCUCACAAGGCUGGUCAUCUCACUUUGCGCUUUUAAAUUUUCUGAAACACAACCAGGAUAUUUUUGGAUUUAAUACUAAGAGGUCCAGAGGGUAUGAAACGGCGACUUUUCCUAAACCAAGAAAAUUUUUUUUCCAUUUUUUCAGAAUUGAAAGCACACUUGGAAUAACCUCAGUUCGGCCGCAAACUGAGAGGGGAAUUGACAAAAAAAUUUUUUGUGUGGGACCUCUGCGAGCUGAGAUAUUUCAUUAAAUGCACUUAAAAAAAAUUUUUUUUUCAAAUCGAAAAAUCAUUAUGAUUUUCGGAUUCAGCGUGUUUGAUUUAGUCUAUAAACAUGUAAAAACUUCAAUUAGAGUUGAUGAAAACGCGAGAUGGCUUUGGCUUUGGCUCCGAGGGGGACACUUGGCUGGCGCCAGGCUCACUCAUUCCAUGUAUGAUUGAAAGAAUAAUUUAGGCGUCAGUAUAACUAAUUUUUUUUUUCAAAUUUUGGAACUUCAACAUUUUCUUCAAAAAAAGAUCUUUAAUUCCUAACUUCCGGAGUUACCCAGUACUUUGAAAAGCGGUUCUGCGGAUUCUCAGAAAAUUUCCAAGCUCAAAUUAAAAUGAAGUUUCCUUUGAAGUUCCCUUGUGACUUGGUCAUUUAUAUCAUGGUAACAACUUUGGAAAUUCAGACCUUCGACGACGAUUAUCCGUUUUUUUUUUUUUGAAAAACAAGUUUUCAAAUUCAGUCAUAAAAACGAAAGUCUUUCUUCGAUUAUCUUCGUAAAAGGUGACAGCACUAACCGAAUCACGGGCAACAACGAAAAACCAAUCACUUUGGCACUUUCACAGUCGUUCACUUCACAGUCAUACUUUUUCGGGGGGAACUUCUUGUAUUUUUCAAACGCAAAAAAUAUGCAUAAAAUUGAGUGACAGUUUAAAAAAAAAGAUAGUUUUUAAAAGCAAUGCUAUUUUUCAGAACGACAGUGACGUCUUUUUCUUCGGAAGAUCGACUGCCGACGACGGCGCGAAAAUGGGACUCGGUUCAGCAGGACAUCGGCUAUUCGAGUGGCGAGAACUCGGUCCACGAGGCAAUGAACUCCGUAGUCGACAUAAUGUAAGUUUGAUAGAACUAAAAUGAAAUAUAAGGCAUGAGAUUAUCGAUUUUUCUUUCACAUAUCGUUGAAUGGCUUGUUUGUUCCAGGCAUCAAAAAUAUUAUUCUAAUCAUUCCGAACGUAAUUAUCAGAAUGAAUGAAAAGAAAAGUUUCAGAUUCGUUUACACUUCCAUCAUUUAGCUAAACAGAAUGAAAUUGCAAUUUGUUGCAAUAUUUUCUUUGAAAAAAUGUUCAAGAUACUGUCUUUGACUUUCGGGAAAUAGCGGCGCUUUUGCACGUGCGCAAGAAAAUGUGUGACUCGCGUGCCGUCUGAAGAACCUCGACGGUUUCUUCGAUUGGAAACGCCAGAUGUCCCCCAGCUCUUACUUCCAUUCAUUUUUUCGACGCCGCCUCCUGCGAAUUACACUUUUCACUCCUCAGCCACAAGAGUCGAGGCUCCCGAUGUGUGACGCUAUCGUGAUGAAUGACUUCUUUUGGUGUGAAUUCGAGAUUUAUGCCUUGUUUCGCGCCUCUACGUCUUCAGGGUCACUCGCUGCCCGGCGACUAGCUUAAAAAAGGGCACGCCCUCUCGUUUUGCACGCAGUUUCGCCGCUUAACUUUUCUAAUUGCUUUGUAGGAAAUAAAUUCGAACUCAAUGUUAUUUAUUACAGACCUGAUAGCUCGGAGAAGAUGAGGCGACGGAGAAUCGAAAGCUCUCCAGUUAAAGCCUUCUAUAGUACCGUACAACUCGAAGACAUGUCUGAUUUGGAGAAUCCAAAGGUAAAUUUAGAAGAACUGGGACCUCCGAACGAGCCCUUUUAGGUUUCCAACGACGAAGAAGCUGUGGAAGAGCAGCAGCAUCUUUCAGACUCGAUGUACGUCAACCACGACUCGCUCAAUAACACGCUGACCUUCCCCGAAUAUGGUGCGCUUUGUGCAAUUUUGGGGCAUUCCAGUUCUCAGUAGCCUUGAAAUCUGAUAGAUGAUGCUGCAUAGUGAGGCGCAAUGAAAGAAAAAGACAACUUUCUGAAGCUUUAUUUCUUCAAUUAUUUGAAAUGGUGCGAAAAAAAAAGACGGUCAACUUUCACAAUAGGUUUAAAAAAUUCGCAUAUAUCAUUUUUUGGCCUUUUAAAUUUUUCCAGCCUGCGAUUUCGUUUCUUUCCGUCCAGAGAGUUCUUUUUGCUCAGUAAUUUUCAAUAUCAACUAAUAUUUUAAUUUUACGAAUUCCCUUUAUUUUCAAACCCUUCUGUUUGAAAAUAAUAAAAUUUGAAAACUGUGCAAAGAACGUGAGGUUUAAAGAUGAGGUGAUGGCGAUGUUCGACGAAGAUCUGCCCUGCGAAGGGCUCAACGACAGUUUCCACACGAAAUGGCGUGCCAUUGCCAGCAAGCAAAAGACAUCACAUAAGAAGGGCGCUCCGAGCCGUGAACACCUCGAACAGCUCGCCAAGGUCAGUGGCAGUACGAGAAUAGAGUGCCUUAUUUUUGGUAGAUUUCUGUGAGUUUUCUUGAAUUUGCGAGUUUAGCCUAACUUGUCAAUUUCAUCACGAGUGCUAAAUUCAUGUUUCAAAAAAUAUUUCAAAAAACAAGGUUCAAGUCGCACAGGAGAGAGUUCAAAAGAGUGGCUUCAGUUCACCAAAAAAAGGAUUUGAAGGAUUGACAAGAGGUUGAGCGCAAAGUAUUGUUUCUUCACUAAUCGCGCUUUUGUGGUGCAACGAAUAAAGUGCGAAAGUUUCGUUUCUUAUGCAUCAAGUCAGCUGUCUGUCUACUUCUAGCCGGUCCGGAAUCUCUGGUUUUUUAAGGCGCAGAUGGUUGCAGAUGCAAGGACUGGAAGUACAUUUUAGACAAAACGGUGGUAUGAAAAAAACACCAGCGAAAAUUCAAACGGCGACUUUUUCAUAUCGCUAGGGGACUUUCCGACGGCCACCUUUCCGACGAAUCUUUUUCCGACUUUUUUUUCUCGAUAAAACUUUGUUUUAAAUCUUCCUAUACAAAGUAGGUAGUUGGUUCAUGAUUAAAACACAAAGAAAUAGAAAAAUGUAAAUAGAUGUUUUAUAAACCGAAAAACUUAAGGGAAAAAAGUCGGAAAAAGAUUCGUCGGAAAGGUGGCCGUCGGAAAGUUCCCUGGCGAUAUGAAAAAAUCGGAAAAGUCGCCGUUUGAAUUUUCGCUGGUGGUUUUUUCAUACCACCGACAAAACGUCUGUUACUGCUUAAUUUUUUUUGAAUGUUUCCGGAGAGUCUUUGAACAUCCAAAAGAAGAUUUUGAGGAACAAAAAACACUUUUUUUGGCGCGACUUCAGCUCCGACGGACAUUAAGUGCAAUGCAAAUGUGAUAAACCGACAAAGCAAACUUUGUCCCGUGGCUUUCUAGGCGUUUUCUUGUCCCGUUUUCCGUCCGUUUUUUUUCUUCCAUCGAUUCAAUAUUAUUUUCGCAGAGCUCUUGUGACGCUUCGUCGGAGAACUCUUCGGACUGCGACGAGUCUCGAAACGAAACGAUGAACUGGUGAGAAAUUCACUGUAAGUCGUAAGAAUGACGUCAUUUUCAGCUCUUUCAAUUCGGCCUGCUUCGACACUUCAUCACCGUUGAAACGGCAGCGCUCUGGUCGGAGUUUCAAGUCUUCCAGUGUCAUGGUUAGUUUUUUUUUUGUGUUUGAAGAUUUCAUUUUCUAAUUUCCUUUUGCAAUAUAAAGAUGAAGUUUUUUGAAGUUUCUCGGUUUUUGGUUUAUGAAAUUGGCACAGCACAGCUGGGGUAACCCUAGAAAUUAAUAUUUUGCGGCCAGUUUUUUUAAAGAUUUUUCUUAAAUCAAAAGUUGAAUUACCACUUCAUUAAUUUUUAUUCUGAUUCUUGAAUAGAGAGCUUUUCUAGCUAGAGUCGUUGGAAAUGGACGCCUCGUUCUGCUCGACGCGGUCGGAGAUGCUGCCGCCGUGCAAAAGCCGCUCGCUCCGCAAAAAACUGAGAGUCCGACGGAUGCCGCGGAGCAUGAGCGAUGGAGAGCAGCUCGGAAUCUGCUCAGGUAACUUCCAAAACGACACCGAUUUCAUUUUCGUAUUCUGAUGGUAGAGCCUUUUCUGUGAGAUCAGUUAAAUUUUUCCUAUUUCGAUUUUUGUUUGAUCCAAGUAGAAGCGAUUGAAAGCAUACCAUACAAUUUUGCAAAUUAAGCGCUUUUAACUUCAAACCCGCACAUCUUUUUCAUUCUGCAAUCAAAAACUAAACCUAGAAAAAUAGAACUUCUGCUUGAAAAUUUUCUUUUUCUCAUUUUGAUUCUACAAUAUUAUCACUUUUCUGCUCUCAAGUUAUAGCUUUUUCAUUAUUAAGUUCAAAAAUUUUUCCUUUUUUUUUUUCAAAAUUUUGCAAAAUAGAGGAACUUAUUCAAAAAAACAAAAACUUUUUCUGAGCAGAGUUCACUUUUGAAUGAACGAUUUUGCAAUUUUCACUCUUUUAUAGAACGAAAGUUCUUUUUCCUUCACUGCUUUUUUUCAGAGAACUUUCGAGUAAAUCGAUUUGAAAAAAAAAAAGUUGAAGAGCAUGUUACCACAGUGUCAAUCAUUAGUUUUUCAGAAAAUUUAUAAAAAAUUCCGAACCUGCCAAAAAUUAAUUUUCUUUGUGAGAUCAUAUGUAUCUUUCCUGCCUUGUUUUUCUAGAAUGUUAAUUUUUAGGAAUCAGUUUGUUUCAUAGCUUCUCAACAUUUCUCAGCAUAAACUCGUUUUUGUAUUCAUUGAAACUUUGAACACGUCGUUGCAGGUUCUCUGACGCCUAUGUGUCGUAUGUCGCCGCCGUCGACGCCAUUGGCGCGGUCGACCACGCGUCUGCUCCAGAAGCUCGACGACGAAUUGCGACGCGACGGCGAAAGCGAUACGGCGCCCGAGCAGAGCGACGCCCAAGUCUACGAAUGGGACGAGUACAAUGUUCGUUGCUUUCAAAGGACGAGUGCUGUUUACUUAUUCAAUAACAUUGAAAAAUCGAAAAAUUAGAGAAAAUUCCUUUGUUUCAUUGCCUCUCAUCAGCGAAUCAAGUUGAUGCUCGAAUGAGCAGAAAAAAGGGAGCGAAGGGAAAAAGAAAUGAAAAAAUAAUAUCGAAAAAGCUUUCUAGUUUUUUAUGAUAAUAAGAAUAUUUUUAUGAGAAUCAAUUGUUUUUUAAAACUUAGGUAUCCAGUUUCAGAUGCUAAUUAAAAUGCUUGCGACAACCAGAAACUUGUUCGUGCUUGUAUCAAAGCAGUUUUUCGGUCCGCCAUCGUUUGUUCAAAAGUUUCACUUAAUCCUCUUAACUUUUUUCUCCACACUCUCACUUUUUGUGACAGCAUUACUGUUGCGUGUAUGUCUAAAAGAAAGUUCAAAUGAGAAUAAAAUAAUAUUAUAAUUAAAAAAGCUAUCUUCAAGUAAGUCAUAAAGAAUGAAAAAACCGAUUUGUUGUCGAAGGAAAAUUCUUAACCUAGAACCUCCUUUAAAAAAUCGAUGAGUUUCUCGAUGCAGAGCUUCACCUGGUGACCUCAGGAGGCCUCCGUUCCCCAUGAGCCUUUCAGGGGCUUUUGGUGGCCUCUCGUUGCCUUGGCGCGUUCAAUAUUAGCGCAGCCAGGUGGCCGUGCAUGGACCAGCGAGUCCGUUCAUUUCGCACCUUGUUUACUCGCAACCGCGCACGUUUCCCCAGUCGAAGAAGAUCUGGUUGCAGCCGCCUGCCAAGGACGACUCCAUCGACGACGCCAACAUGCAGUCGCGUGUUCCCGAACACUUGCUCAACGUCGACGACGACUUUGCUGCACAUUUCGGUUCCCAUGUCAGCUUUUUUUUUUUUUCGUUCCUAAUUUAAAAAAUUAUAAAAUUGAUAUUUCUCCUCAGAAGUUGAAGAAUACGUGAAACGGACUUUACCAACGGCUUUUAAUAAUUCAAACUUUUUUUCGAUAAUUGUAAGGUCUAGUCCAUUCCGCGCUAGCUUGUCACCGUUUUCUUUUCUCCAAAAAGCAUUUUCCUAGAUGUUCCUUCAAUAUAACGGAAAUACUUAGACUGAAAAGAAUCGUAACAGGCUGGUGCGGAAUGGACUUUAUAGGUUUCUGCAUUUCGAUCAAUAUAAUGUUUAGUCUUCAUAUUUUCUUGAAGUUCUAAUUUUGACUGUUAUAAAAAUUUCUAUUUUCAACUGGUUUCUCUAAUUUUUUUAAAAUUCCUUUCUUCGAUUUGUUUUUUCACGGGCCCUAAAUUAAUUCACUUUUUUGAGUCAAACUUCGAAAAAUAAGCUAUGAAUUGUUUCGUUCGGUCUUUGCUGAGAGGAUAUUGAGAUGAUAUCUUUUACAGAAUGCUCUUCGACUCGUGGAAGAAUCGAAGGCUCAUCUGAAAAUCGUGCACAGAUCUCUGGAGACCGGGGACUUGAACGUCAAGCAAAUGGUUUUUUUUUAUCCCCUACACUGUUUGGACAACGCUCAAAAGCACAAACGUAAACCAAGAUUGUAUUUGAUUCCGAACUGGGGAAAAGAAGAAGAUCCUCUUUCUGAAACAAUCCGUUAAUAUCAUGGUUGAGAAAUUGAUUCAGUAUUCUUGGUUUUGACUCUUUUUCUAGCCUUUGUUUUCUAGCCAAUGCAUUGUUUUUUUGCGUAUGGAAUCAAAAACCUCGCAGUUUCAAGCACUUUAAAGAUUUACUGAGUUCCAUACGAAUUUCUUGCUUAGCAAAAGGAAUUUCGAGUGAGCAGUAGGAACAAUAAUACACACUGUGAUGACCAUUGUCGUUUUUGUUUGUCCAACUGCAGCCGCUAUUAUGGUGAUCAAGGACAGUUUGUUGCAUUUCAGCAAAAUAUCGAGCUCAUCGUUCGUACUAACCUGCGGCAGGUCGAAUCUGCGCUCAAGUUCCAGACGCUGACGACAACCUUCGAGGCUGAAGAACUCCGAGACUUGCAGACGCGGUGGGCCGUGCUGUUCGACCAGAUGGUCAACCCGGUGCCGCAAAUAUUGAGCAAGGUGAGAAGCCUUCUCGACUUUCUUUUGUUAGCCGGCUGUUCAGGUGGAAAGGUUCGCCACGUCCCUCCGCGUACUGCACGAUUCCUCUGCGAUCUCGGCCCUGAAUGGCGUGACGGAGAUCAAAACGCGAGAAGACGUCAGAGCUGCCUUGGAUGGAGUUCGGGAGAUCGAGCACCGGCUGAGCUCAGAGCGCGAUGAACUCAGGGAGAUGAUGAACUCCAGUGCUUUUGGAGAAGCUUUGAAUGAACUGUCGAUGGAGUUCGAAACGAUCUCGUCCGAGUAUGACGAGGCCGUGACAAGGAUCAACGGCCUGGCUUGCAACCUCGACAACCUCAACACCAAGUGGCAGAACUGGACCGACCGUCAAUCCGAAAUCCGUCGCGCGAUGGCCAGAAUAGAGGGCUGCUUGGCUGCAGAAAGCCUGGACCAGAACACCGUCUUCACCGAAAUGGAGCAUUGUCAAGAGAGAAUGAACAGGUACAUUGGCCGCCUAUUUCGACGUAUUCUGAAAUAUUCGAAAAGGCAAAACUCAUUCUCCUUUCUCCUUUUUUGCUCAAAUUCAAAGAAAACACAUUUUAAAAAUUCUCAAAAAGACAUGCUGGAAAAUCCAGAAAGUUUAUGUGAAGGCUAUCUCUUGAUAAUUUCCAAGUUUUAGUCAAUUUUUCCUUUUUUUUUUUGCACUCUCAAUGUACGAGUGUUUUUCAAAAAAAUUUAUAAUUUGAAUUUUUUUAUAAAUUCCUCAUAUUCAACGAAACAUAUUUUUGGAGUUGAUUUGAGCUUUGAAAUGAUUUUAAAUUUUUCUGAACUCAUAAUUUUAAAUCUUUUUUUCCACCUCAAAAAAAGCGGGAACGUUUAAAAAAACAGGAAAAAAAAACCAAUUAAAAAGAGGGCCUAUUUCAGUACACUUUCAAAUUUAUUUUUCGCGCGCAAAAAGGCUGGGGUGGGAUCCAGCCGAUUUAUUUGAAUGCUUCGAAAAAUCAUAAUAAAUUAUCUCUCAGUUUGGAAACUGUCUGCAACUACCUUACAAGCUCUUUGCGAUCAUUGCAAACCGACUUCAACGACAGAAAUGUGCCAGACUUCCGUUCGGAACUCUCCAUUUAUUCCAACGCUUUGGCUCAACUUCGCAGCAGGUUUUCUAGAAAAAAGGGAAUAAUUUUCAUAUUUUUUCCCAGAAUCAAUGAAGUUCUGCGAGUGCCAACACCACCGAGCCAAAACGUGCCGCAGGAACCGACGCCACGCAAAAGACGCGUCGCGACGCAGACGGCAACCAGCCAGACGACGUCGCCACAGACACGGAGCAAGCCACGUAGCUUCGCUGUCCGCCUUUUCGACGCGGUGUCUUCGUCGCGUCUCAUCCAGGCGACGCUGGCACUUGCUAUUAUUUCUGCUUUCACUGCCCUCUUCUACUUUUCCUUCUUCGGAAGAACCUUCGGACCUCAUAUCACUUAUGUCAACGGACCUCCGCCGGUUUAA